GUAAGUACUUGAUUUUCAUGUGCGUAGUGUAGACAUAGUAGUACCAGCGGACCACGUUAGAUUUCAGUAGAUCUUGAAGUAGGUAGUAUUUGAAGUAGGUAAUUGAAGCAGUACCAGCGGACCACUUCAGCAGAUCUUGAAGUGGAAGUAGUUGUGUCUUUUACUUUUUUUAUUUUCGCAGAAUACUAGAGCUUUGCCUUUGCACCAGCGCAACUGGCACCUGUGAUGAUUUUCGACGCCCGCUAAAACUACUUACACCCAAAAGGAAAAGAUGAACACCGGCAAUUUAACCCACGACCAGCACGCGCACCACCAGGCGGGUGGAAACAACAGCGGCUCCCAGCAACACAACCUGCAGUGGGCGGUGUUUUACGACUGUGAAAACCAAAGGCCGGACUCGAUCGGGCAGGUAACCGACCACCUGCUUUCCCUCAGCGGGCGGAUUCUGGUGCAGAAGGCCUACGGGGACUUUCACGCACAGGGCAUGCAGCCCUGGCGGAAGGCCUGCGAGCGAUCGGGCGUGGACCAGGUGCAGAAGUCUGCCUUCAACAGUAAGGGGAAGAACGCGGCCGACAUGGCGCUGGCCAUCGACGCGAUGGAGAUCCUGGUGACCAGGCAGAACAUCCAGGCCAUCGCUGUAGUCACGGCCGACGGCGACUUUAUCCCGCUCACCUCGCGCCUGCGCGAACACGGCCGCAUCGUGCACGUCUGUGGCUCCCCCACGACCAGUCGCGAGCUCCGGACUAAGGGCUGCGAUCACUUUUUCUUGCUGCGGCAAUCUUCGUCGGGAGAAAACAGCAGAGGGCGACGCGAUCUCAUUCCCCUCGCAAACGGCGCUCCUUCCUUGCAGAAGGCUCUCACGAAUGGCAGCGCCCGUUCGUCGCGCAGGGAAGAUGAAGCAGGUAUGACCCGCAGCAGCAGCAGCAGCUCCAGCACUCUGAAUACCAUCAUCCCUGGUGCCGCGCCGCAAGCGAUAACAUCGGAGCAAAAUCUGCGGAAAGCAAUCCGCUAUGCAUUGCUAGGAUUCGAGCAGCGUGAAGAGACGGACGAGGACGGGUGGGCCAACUGCACCCGGCUGCUCAGUUACAUGAGACUAAAAUACCCCGACUUGGAGUCACAGAUGAGAGCCCUUCGGCUCGGGCGGUGGUCCGAUGUGCUUGCAAACGCCACGAAAAAACUCGAAAGGACGUUCCGGGGAAAUGAAUGGUACGUCCGCGUGAAAAGGGAAGCUAUUUCUGCUGCGGCAGAGGAAGGAGAUUCGGCAACCGCACGAUCUGCAGGGGCGGACAUGAAUUUAUUCGGAAAACGACGCCGCAACGGUGAUGAUGGAUACGCUGGCGAUCGCACAAACGGUGGCAUAAAGGGUGGUGCCAGUCCAAUGCAAAACAACGAAUCAAUCGAAAGUACAAAUACCGCGGAGGCGAGACAGAGGCAGAGCUCCUUCGCAAACACGCUGGAAGAUCUCGGGAACGACAACCCCCCAGCAAAGCGAAGGCGCAAGGACGGGGACGGAGUGCAGCAAAGAAACGCGCAACCUAGCAGGGCCUCCACAUCCAGCUGCACUACAAGUGGUGCACAAGCGCCUCCUCUGAACAGCCUGCACAGCUUAGGAGAGUUGCUGCGGUCGUCGCUACUUCCAAGAAAUGGCAAUUCCAUGCGGUACAUGGACGUUGCCGUCGCCCUGAAGCGCCGAGGUUACGAAGAUUCGAUGAACGCCUUGUGUCGAAAACUGGGUUACGAGGCCGUCGGCGCAGCAGCAUGGAGAAAGGUAAUGGGAGCGACAGAGCAGACCGGCGUCAAGGUCUCGCAAGACAGGUAUGAGCAAGUAAUACUAAGAGGCAUUCAGACCUGGAGGAAGAAGUGGUCAGUUCGCAUCUCCAGGUCAAGCGCAUCUGUCUCUUCCUCGUCGAGAGCAGGAACACAAUCACAGGCUCAGAAAAAGCACGAAUUGGCCAAGGCACCGGUACCACGAGGUGCAAUGGCAGAACCGACGCAGUAUCGAAUCAGCGAUCUCGCCUCCUUUGGAGACGUCGUCCGGAAGCAAUUCAUUUCCAAAGAUGAAAAGCGCAAAUCCUACGGGCAGGUGGUGGCGCAAAUGAAAAAUGCCGGAUACGAACCACAAAUUGAAGAGCUGCUUGCUCGAACCGCCAACUGUCGUUCCUGGUUUCAACUCUUCUGCCGUCAGGAAACCGGCAUGGCGAUGAGCAAAGAGAGGCGGUUUUCAGAGAAGAAAGACGAAGACGGAGUUCGAAGUCUCGAGGCGGAAGGCGUAGAUUGGUAUCUAAAUGCGUAUGCCGGUGAUCUCGCGGUGAAGAAAGCUGCGAAAGGCGGAAGUUGAACUCAAGAGAGUGAAAGGAGGUACUGACGACAUGAUAAAUUGAUGUUCACCGAACUCAACCAGAUUGCACUUGUACCUAGUCACAAAUUGUGCAUCGACAUUAAGGCGACAACUAUCAAGCCACUUCUUACAGAAUGACGAAAGCUGCUCCUUCUUUCCG